UCAUACCUGUCACUGAUUCUCUUCCUCUCUCUCUCUCUCUACUAACGACCAAUGAUGAUCGACACUCUACACCACGAUCAUCGCCGCCACCUAUUCUCCGACGCGACGAAGGACGAAGCUCCGGUAACAACACCGACAGUACCAGCGCCAGCAUCACAUAAGCAUAAGCCACGAAAGGAAUUUCACUAUCGCGGCGUACGUAAGAGGCCAUGGGGACGCUUCGCCGCUGAGAUUCGUGAUCCGUGGAAGAAAAGUCGGCGGUGGUUAGGCACAUUUGAUACGGCGGAGGAGGCCGCUCGAGCCUACGACGAAGCCGCCUUCAGCCUCCGUGGUGCGAAGGCGAAGAUGAAUUUCUGUGUCAGCCUCGCGGCAUUUUCACCGCCGGUUGCAGAGAAGAAAGACGUGCAAAGUAACUUUUCUGCGUUGUGUUAUCAUCCCUCCAGUAAUGAUAGUGUAAACUUAGAUAGCGAGGAAGAUCGGAAAUUAAUGACAUCGAGGAAGCCGUUUAUGUUUGAUCUGAACUUGCCGGCGCCGCUCAAUUGACGACCGUGACUGGUGGCUCCGGCUAAUAAGAUUAUUGUAUGGUCCGUUGAAAAGUAGUCACACAUACUAUAUAUACCCCCAGAUAAAUUUAUGUUAGUUUUGAUUUGUUUUGUGUGUAGUUUAAUAAACUAUAAAAAAAUAUUGAUUAUUAAUUAAA